AUGUCUGCCAGCCCCUCCCCCUCCGCCGGUGGCGACGCCAAACCGUCCGACCAAAUCCACUUCCGAUUCUGUCGCGAAUGCUCCAACUUGCUCUACCCGAAAGAAGACCGCGCCACCAACCAGCUGAUGUUCACCUGUCGCACCUGCCACGUCGGCGAGCCCGCCAGCUCCUAUUGCGUCUACCAAAACAAUCUGACCAGCCAAGUCGGCGACACGGCUGGCGUAACCCAGGAUGUGGGAUCUGAUCCGACGGUUUGUCUCCCGGGAUUUUGUACCCUAUGCGGUGAACAGAUUACUUGUUUUAUCUGCGACGUGGUUGGGGAGGAAGAACAAAGCAGCGACGGCCUGGAAUUCUAG